AUGCCACCGAAAGGUAGAAUUGACGAAGAAAUCUUCCUAAAAACAUUGCGAACACUGCAUAACGAUGAAAUUCGUAUGUUAGAUGAUUCUAAAGCAAGAGCAAAUAUAUGGGGCCAUAUUUGUACUUCAAUGGAUAAAGCAGAUAACGUUGUUAAUCGACGUGCAUGCUAUGAUUUAUGGAAACGCAAACGACACAUAUGCAACAAUCUAAUCAAUGAUACAUUAUCGAAUGUACAACAAGCUCCCAAUAAAACAAUAAAAGAAGACAACACAUUAAAAAAUGUUACAUUUCAAAAUAAUCAAUGUUCGUCGCUUGAUACUAUUACAUCUAAUCCACAAUUCAUUGAACAACUAGAUGAACUUAUAAAGCAACAAUCAAAACAGAUUUUGUUAAUAAAAACUCAUGAUCUUAAUUCGAAGUGUUGUUCUGGUGAUAUUGUAGCUGUUCAACUUCUUUGUGCGUGUGUAGAUUCAUCUAGUCACACACAUGUACAAAAUAACAAUUCUUUAAACAAUGAUUUAUCAGACGGUGCUCGUCAACAAAAUUUUAAUAUUGACAAACGAAUGAAUAGUGAUUCAGGUGAUCAACAAUCAAAUGAAAUAAUUAUGAACAAUAACCAAGACUCUCAAAAUGAACACGUAGUAUCGUCAGACGUUUUGACAAACAAUACUGUUACAUCAGUAUCAUCUGUUCAUACACCUCCGCGAUUAUUUAUGUCGCCAGCGUCAGCAUCAUCAUCUAUAAUAUCUCUUAAAAGUGUAGAUAUGAAUCCAACAACGGAUCAAAUGUCUAAUACUAAAUUAAAUAAUGUAUCUCAUCUACUCGAUCAAAAUAUAUUGAGUCCAAGGAAAAAACAUGAUCAUACUGUCAUAACUGAUGACCAAAAAGCCGUACUUAUAUAUUUACAACGUCAAAGUAGUGAUUCAUUUGUUUUUACAUGUGAUAUUAAGAAAAUUCAACAAAUUGAAAGAGAAAAAGCUACUGUUAUUUCCCAAAAUGAUAUGGAUAAAUUAAAAAAGCUUCAAAAAAAUAAUCUACAGAAGAAAAGCUCUUCAAAGAACAAGACACCGCAGACAGUUGAUGAUCUGAAUCCAGAGGAACGAAAAAGAAAUCUCGAAUGGACUUUAAUUUUAGAUUCUUACAUUGAGAAUUCAAAUGAUUAUUGUGUGUUUCUUUAUGAACGUCAUCAUUUUACUAAUCGAACUGCAAUCAACAAUACAAAUAAAUUUUUCAUGAGUGCUGAUGCUCAUUGUAAAUUUAAAUUAUGUACAUGUCGAUUGCAUGCUAUAUUAUAUGAAAAUAGUCGAUUGAAAAUAAAUUAUUUUGGAAAAAUUGUACAUGAAAUUGGAGAAGUACAUGCUCGACCAAUGCGAGGUUCUCGUCGAGAAGAAUUACAAAAAUUUACUAUGUUGGGUGCUACACCAGCAGCGCUUUAUCUUCAACAAUUAAAAUUAAUGUCAACAGCGAAUAAAGAAGCUGGAAAUAGGAAUGUUGUUGGAUCUAGUCGUUCUGUAAUUCGCAAAAUAUCUAGUGAAGGUAAUGUCAAAUUACGUCGUGAUGAUGAUCUAGAAAAAAGUCUUCGGCAAUUAAAAUCUGAACAAACAGAAAAACUUUUUCCUGGUGAACAAAUACCUGGAUAUCUGCAAGAAAUAAGUAUCGAUCCAUUAAGACUCAUAUGUUUUACAGCUGGUGGUAUUGCUGCAUAUCAUAAAUUUGCAUCGACUAUACCAUUAUCGUGGGAUGCAACAGGUGGUAUUAUCGUAAAUCGUAAAAAACGAAUUUUUUAUUACGAAUUAACUAUGUCCAGUCUUGAUAAAGGUGGUUCAUCACUGCCAAUUGCAGUUAUGCUUAGUGCAUCACAUGGUACUAUGGAUAUUAUUCAUUGGAUGAAUUGUUUUAUCGAAAAAUAUAAACAAGUUUAUGGUUAUACAAAUCCUUUUCCAAAACCACCUGUUAUUCAUAGUGAUCGAGCUCUAGUAUUUUUACUGGCUGGUAUACAAGUUUUUAAUGGAGAUGAAACAAUGGAUCGAUACAUUGAACGAUGUUGGCGAAUUAUUCAACGAGUAGCUACUAAACGUGAUUUAGAAAUAACAGUUGUUCAUUCGUGUCUUGGUCAUUUUAUGAAAAACGUCAAAGUAAAUGCAUCAAAAGUUUUAGGCAAGAAACAGGUUUCAUUUGGCAUGUGGUUGAUGGCAUUACUUGUUAACAGCAAUACAUUGGAUGAAAUGAUGAUUAUUUGGCGAAACAUCUGUAUUGUUCUUCUAAGUACUAAUCAAAAUGAUCAAUUUAAGAUAUCAUUAUCAACACUAUCCAAAAUGGCUGAUCAGAUGAAUGGUGAUCCAGAAAAGACAAACUUUGUUCUCCAAAAUGUAUCAGUGACAACGAAAGGCCAUUGUUCUAGCACUAUAAAUGCAGACAACGACGAUGACGUUACACAUGAUGUUGAAAUUGACGAAGACGAUCGUUUCUGCAUAGAGUCAUCAUUCAAGAAAUUAUUUAUUACAAUUUAUCAAGAAAAUAAAGAUUUAUUAAAGAGUUAUGAUGCUCCUGAAUGGCAGCACCUAUCAGCUAAUCCACUAUUUUCAGCAGCAUACUUAUCUCGUAUUCUUAAAUUAUAUAUGCCAACGGCACCUAUUUGGAGCAAUCUUCUUCUUGGUACCUUUGCUCAACGCUAUGGAUAUUCAUCAAAUUUGGUAGUACCACCAUGUUCAUGCCAUUUUGGUCGAACAACUGGUAAAUCUGAAUCUCAAAUGCGAGUAUUAAAAGAAGCAAUACUUAGUAAGAAGAUUUAUUCAAGAAUUGAUGAAGUGGUUAGUAAAUUAGGUGAUACAAUAGAAGCAGUAGAAAUUCAAUUUGCCGAUUUCAUAUUGAUUAAACGAACCAAAAAUCGAGUGUUACCUGCGAAAAAACAGAAAAAAAUUGAAGAACCAUGGAACAAGCGUACAAAGAUUAUAAAACCUACUGGUGUAUAUACUUCAAUGAAACCAUCGAUGAAUCUCGUGGCCAUGGUGAAUACACGUUUAUUGGGUCAAAAUGAUGAUUCUAAUUUAGACGUUGGGCAACUUCCAUCGUUCGUUAGAAUCGAGAAUGCUGGUAAUACUUGUUGGUUCAAUAGUAUCAUACAAAUGUUGUUAGCAUCUGGCCAUAUUGUCGAAACAAUACGUAAAUUCCAUAUCAUUGAUAAAGAUUUAGUACCGGACAAAAUUUUCAUUUUAAGCAACAUAUUAAAGACAUUCAUAUCUACAUCUAUCAGUAGCCAUACCAAUGGAAGAAAGGAAAUUAUAGACAAAAAUUUUAUUAAAGAUCAUUUUGGAUAUCUUCGUUGGGCUGGCUUUAAUAUCGAAACUUAUAAAAAAUAUUGCGUGUUCGAAUUUUUUCAAGCAGCCAUCAUACCAAUGCUUUUGUUCUACAAUAUUGACUUUCAAUAUGUUCUUGAAAAAUCCAUGCAAUGCUCUUCGUGUCAAGAAAUAACUUCACUUACUCGAGAAACAUGGAGUUUCCUUCUUGUAAGUCAAACCGCCAAUGAAGAAACUUUUGAUAAUAUUACGGCUAAUCUAUUUGGUCCAGUAUUGGAUAUGCAGAUAUGUGAUAAAUGUUUAAAAAAUGAUCUCCAUCCUACAUCAAUAUCAAUCUUAAAUUGUCCGAAACAUCUUUUCGUUCAUCUAGACCCGCACGUGACCAAUGAUACAAAACGACCUAAAUUAACAACACAUGUGGACUUCGGAAAAAUUUUAUCGAAUAAUGUUAUAUAUACUCGUUCAUAUUCUCGUUAUACUUUACAAUCAUUUAUUGUAAUUGAUGGUAAAGAUAAUACAGCACAUAAUAUGACAUAUGCGCGAUCCAAACAAGACUGGUAUUGUCUCAAUGAUACAAAUAUUACACUAGUGAAAUCGUCAAGUAUUUUUGGCGAUCAAGCAAAACAUCAGCCAGUAAUGAUGGCUCAUUUAACUCGACCGUCUGAUAUUGAUGUAUUUUCAAUAGCAUUAUGGAACGUGUUCACAAAUUUUUCACCAAUCAAUAUAUCAUUAACACCAAAUUUAUCAUUAAACGAUGCCGUAAAUUAUUUUGCAAAAUAUAAUCUCAUCGAAAAUAAUCCACUCAGCCUGGUUGUUGUUAAAUUUUUGAAUUGUUCUAUUUGUAAAAAAGAAACUUUUACUGUUGUUCGGAUGCAUGAAAUUUGGCAAAUGAAAAAAGAUGCAUCACAUGUUACUCAUAAAAUUCAAUUUUUCAUGCAUGAAGAAAUCAAUUGUUCUUCUUGUAAAACAGCAGGACUGACUAAUUUUGUCUUAUAUGAUAUACCAAGAUUUCUUAUAUUUAAAACUGAAAGCAUUAAUACAGAUUGUAUUACUUUAAUUGAUGAUAUAAAUCAACUUCGCAUUCGACCACUUGAUACGAAUUUACCAUUCGAUUAUCAUUUACAAACAGUACUAAUUGUUCUUGAAGAAGAUGACAUUGUUUAUCUAAGAAAAACAACGAAUGGGUAUACUUCUUUUAAUAAAACUACUGGUCAAUUUGUACAAUUACGUGAUUUAUCAACAUAUCAAACAGGAUUAGCUUCGCGCUGGAUAAUAUUCAUUUAUCAAACCGAUGAAAAUGUCUUCUAUCCGGCACUAAUGGACAAAAUCACUUUGGAUCAAAGUACUUUAGCCGAAAAUAUGGAACCCGAUGAAUGGACAAUCAAUACUGUGCACGAUCUUUUACCAACGUUCACUGAUACUUUAAAAAUCGGCUCAGUACAACUAAAAAAAGAUGACAUUAAAACAUUGUUAGACAAUGAUGCUGACAUAAAUGAUUUGAUUAUUAAUGUCCAUUUAUUAAUUAUAGCAUCUACAGCACCAUUUCACAAGCGCGUCUUGGCUGUCGAAAGUCACACAAUAUCCGACAUAAUUGAAAAUAAACUAAAAAACAUCAGAACAUCCUGGCUUGAUUAUGAUAUUAUUCUCUGUCCAAUAAAUCAGAAACACCACUGGUAUUUAAUGAUAAUUGAUCUUGAACAACAUUUAUUUAUACAAUUCGACUCAUUACCGGCACAUGAUAUCCCACGCAGACAAAAUCUAGAACGUCUUAUUCAUAUUUUGAAUACACAAUAUUAUUUGAAGUACGACACUAACAUCGAUUUUCGCACAGCUUGGGCAUUGUCGGAUCCGAGUGAAGAUUUCGAUUUAUGUCAAAACGACGUCCAUUCAUGUGGCGUCCAUCUUCUAAUACAAGCAAAAGCAUACACAAAUCGUGAACGACAUAAGCCGAUCCCACAAGACAAAAUAAACUUAUACAGACAUCAAAUAGCAGAAGACAUACUUCAAAAAGCCGAACCAAAAUCCGACGACAGCAUAUCAGAUAUAUUUACACGCCGAGUCCCAAAACACGACGGAAAAGCACCGCAGCGAGAAACACAAACAAAGUGA